GGCUGGGUUUCCAGGCGGUCGCCUGGUAACCAGUUGCGUAGGUCUGGUUGCUGCAGAGCAGGCCACGGAGGUCUGUGGGUCCGAGCUCACGCUGCGCUCUUUCGGACCGUUUUGUUAUGGCGGCCGCCGCAGCAGUGGUCACACCGUCGGGUUUGGAGGAUGGGGUGUCUCGGUCCCGUGGCGAAGGAGCAGGGGAGGUGGUCGUGGAGCGGGGGCCUGGCGCGGCCUACCACAUGUUCGUAGUGAUGGAGGACCUAGUGGAGAAGUUGAAGCUGCUCCGUUAUGAGGAGGAUCUCCUCCGGAAGAACAAUCUGAAGCCCCCGUCCAGACACUAUUUUGCACUGCCUACCAAUCCUGGGGAACAGUUCUACAUGUUUUGCACUCUUGCUGCUUGGUUAAUUAACAAAGCGGGACACCCCUUUGAGCAGCCUCAAGAAUACGAUGACCCUAAUGCAACGAUUUCUAACAUAUUAUCUGAGCUUCGAUCAUUUGGGAGAACUGCAGAUUUUCCUCCUUCAAAAUUAAAGUCAGGUUAUGGAGAGCAUGUAUGCUAUGUUCUUGACUGUUUAGCUGAAGAAGCAUUAAAAUAUAUUGGUUUCACCUGGAAAAGACCAACAUACCCAGUGGAAGAAUUAGAAGAAGAAACUGUUGCGGAAGAUGAUGCAGAAUUAACAUUAAAUAAAGUGGAUGAAGAAUUUGUGGAAGAGGAAACAGACAAUGAAGAAAACUUUAUUGAUCUCAAUGUUUUGAAGGCUCAGACCUAUCGCUUGGAUAUGAACGAGUCUGCCAAACAAGAAGAUAUUUUAGAAUCCACAACAGAUGCUGCGGAAUGGAGUCUAGAAGUGGAACGUGUGCUACCACAACUGAAAGUCACGAUCAGGACUGACAACAAGGAUUGGAGAAUCCAUGUUGACCAAAUGCACCAGCACAAAAGUGGAAUUGAAUCUGCUCUAAAGGAGACCAAGGGAUUUUUGGACAAACUUCAUAAUGAGAUUAGUAGGACUCUGGAAAAGAUUGGCAGCCGAGAGAAGUACAUCAACAAUCAGCUUGAGCACUUGGUUCAGGAAUAUCGAGCAGCUCAAGCCCAGCUGAGUGAGGCAAGGGAGCGAUACCAGCAGGGAAACGGCGGAGUAACUGAAAGGACCAAACUCCUAUCUGAGGUUACGGAAGAGCUAGAAAAAGUAAAGCAAGAAAUGGAAGAAAAAGGGAGCAGUAUGACUGAUGGUGCUCCUUUGGUGAGGAUUAAACAGAGUUUAACGAAGCUGAAGCAAGAAACGGUUCAGAUGGACAUUAGAAUCGGUGUUGUGGAACACACAUUACUCCAGUCGAAACUGAAGGAGAAAUCCAACAUGACUAGGGACAUGCAUGCAACCAUCAUUCCAGAAUCUACCAUAGGCUCUUAUUAAAAUGUAUUUUUCAUGCUUUCAA